AGUGGACCUCUGUCGUUGACACUAAUUGACUCCGAUCUCCAACUGUCGGUGUCUGUGCGGUGAAAAAUGCGAAUCAUUUUUGCAGAAGCUAAUUGAGUCUGAACUUUUUUACAUGUUGAUGGAGAAUCCAUCAUCUUCAUCUUCAUCUUCAUCUUCAUCCCGUCAAGUAUUGUUGAGUUACAGAGCAGAAGACACUGCUACGGCUUUCACUGAUCACCUUUAUACUGCUUUAAUUCAAGCUGGAAUACAAACCUUCAAACAGGGCAUCGACCGAAAUUGGAAGGUAUCGGUAAUUAUCCUGACGGAAGGAUAUGCCUUGUCUCAAUCAUGUCUUGAGCAGCUUGAUGUGAUUUUAAAGUGUAAAGAAAAAUUAGAUCGAUCAAUUCUACCCGUGUUCUAUGAUGUGGAUCCUUCUGAUAUAAGGAACCACAAGGGAAAAAUUGGUGAAGCAUUAGCUUUACAUGAACAAAGCAGUGGAAGGGUAAGUGUAGAAAGAUGGAGACAGGCACUUGCUGAAAUUGCUGACUUUGGGGGAAUGGUCUUGCAGAAUCAAGCUAAUGGGCAUGAGUCAAAAUUUAUUCGAAAGAUUGUUAAUGUGGUUACAAAUAGAAUAAGUCGGUCAGGUUUGUAUGUUGCACCUCACCUAAUUGGCAUAGAACGCCGGGCUAGGCAUAUUAACUCGUGGAUGCAAGAUGGAUCAAGUGAUGUAGGACUAUUGGUUGUCUGCGGGAUGGGUGGCAUAGGGAAGACUACCCUGGCCAAAUUCAUCUACAUGUCAAACUUUCAUGUUUUUGAAGGCAGCAGUUGUGUGCUUAACAUUAGGGAAGUUUCUAAGCAACCUAAUGGCUUAGUUAAGUUGCAGAAGCAAAUACUUUCUGAAAUUCUGAAAAAGGACAAGGAAAGAGUAUCAUGUGUUGAUGAAGGAAUUGUAAAGAUUUCGGAUGCUGUAAGUGGAAAAAAAGUCCUACUUGUUCUUGAUGAUGUCGAUGACUCUGAUCAAGUUAAUGCAGUUUUGGGGAUGAAAAGUUUGUUUUACCCGGGAAGUAAAAUAGUCAUAACAACCCGACAGAAGCGUAUUCUAAAUCCUCACCUAGUUGACAAGGUUUAUAGAGUUGAGACACUUGACAGAGAUGAAUCCUUGGAGCUCUUCAGUUGGCAUACAUUUGGAAAACCAAAUCCUGUAGAAGGUUUUCUUGAGUGUUCAAAUGAAGUCGUGAAACGAUGUGGAGGAAUUCCACUUGCACUGAGAGUUUUGGGUUCUUCCCUGGCAGGAAAAAAUCUGGAUGUAUGGCAAAGUACAAUAGAUAAGUUGAAAGUUGUUCCUAAUAAUCGGAUUAUUGAACUGCUCAAAAUCAGUUAUGAAUCUCUAGAAGAUGAUCAUGAUAAGAGUGUAUUCCUUCAUAUAGCCUGUUUCUUUCUCGGGAAGGAUAAAGAUUUUGCUGUCAAAAUACUAGAUAAAUGUGAAAUUUUCACUGUAGUGGGAAUCCAGAACCUAAUCGAUAGGGAUCUCUUGUCAGUACCAAAUGGUCAUCUCGUCAUGCAUCAAUUGAUUCAAGAUAUGGGAAGAGAAAUUGUUCGCCAGGAGUCACUUGAGGAGCCAGGGAGGCGUAGUAGACUGUGGCGUCAUGGAGAAUCUUUUUAUGUAUUGAAAAACAAAACUGGUACAGAAACAAUUGAAGGCAUCAUUCUUGACGGAAAUAUGCUUAAGGAUCACGAAAAAAUAAGGAUAACAUCUAGUGAAAAUUAUGGCACAAAACAUAAACUGGAAGUAUUUCUGCAUAAUUCUCAAAGAUGUCAACCGGAACGAAGCUGGAUGUCCAUUUUCUCAAGUCAUACCAUGGACAACGUGGGAGUUCCAAAUGAAGAUUUGGUAACUGAUGCAUUUAUAAAAAUGCGCAAGCUAAAAUUUCUAUUGCUUAGCAAUGUACGACUCUGUGGAUGUUACAAGAAAUUUCCCAAGAAGUUAAGAUGGUUGUCAUGGCAUAGCCUCCGGUUAGAAUCCCUACCAAGUGACAUGCCAUUGGAAAGUCUCAUUGCAUUAGACCUUCGAUAUAGCAGCUUGCAACAGCUUUGGAAAGGACCAAAGUUAAUCAGAUGUCUAAAGUUUCUCAAUCUCAGCCACUCUUAUCAGCUUAGAAGAACACCUGAUUUUUCAGAAAUUCCGAAUCUUGAACAAUUAAUCCUUGAACGCUGUAUAAAUCUAACAGAGGUAGACGAAUCUAUCGGAUAUCUAGAGGGACUCACUCUGUUAAACCUUAAUGGUUGUACAAAGUUGAGGAGGAUUCCAGAAAGUAUUUGCAUGUUAAAAUUACUACAGACCCUUGAUAUUUCUGGUUGCUGUAAUCUUGAAUAUGCGGCCAUGGAUUUGCCAGGCAAGAUUCCUGAUGGAAUUGGAACGAACCAAAUAGUAACUAGCAAGCAUGUCCUACCAUGGCAUCCCGUCCAGUGGUCGUGGCUGAGGAAGGAGAAAGUAUGUCGGAGAAUUUCCCCAAUCAGUUUUCCAGCCUCUCUAGUUACUUUGGGACUUUCUGACUGCAAUUUAGGUGAUAAUGCAUUUCUCCAUGUUGAUUUAAGCGAGCUCAAUGUUCUGAAAGACUUGAAUUUGAGCGGAAAUCCAAUUUCCUAUCCCCCAGAGAGCAUCAUACAUCUUAGCAGACUUGAAAAACUGUCACUAACUUCGUGUACAAGGCUAAAAUCAAUCAGUCAACUGCCAAAUGGUGUCGACACUGUGGAUGCAAAUGAUUGUAUAUCCUUGGAGAAAGUAUGUGGCCUACCUAGUUCAUGUGGCGUACUUUACAUAAAUUGUGCUAAUCUGAUUGAGAUGGAUCCUUAUUUCAAGUUAGAACCUCUUGAAAAUGUAAAUGAAGAAAUUCUCAGAUAUUUGAGUCUGUCAAACUUAGAAAUGAUUAGAUAUGUUUCUUUUAGAUUAAGAUUCGACAUCGAGACAUUGUAUUCCAACCCAAUGAAACUUCCAAAAUUUGUCCGAAAUGAUAUGACAACUAUACGGUGUCUCCCACCUAAAAGGCUUCCAGCUCAGGGAUUUUACUGCAACGGCAUCUUCUCCACAUUUUUAUUGAGUGAACACAUGCCAAGUUGGUUUAACACAAAGUUAAGUGAGCCUUUCCAUUCAUCAUUUAUGGUGCCGGUUAAUCAUCAAAUUCGUGGCUUAAGUUUUUGCUUUGUGUAUACAUGUUCGGAGAGUAAGGAAAUUGUAUCCGAGGGAUUUUUACCAUCCAUUUCAAUCACUAACUUGUCGCGAAUAAUGAAUUGGAAGCAAGAUCCUUUGUUCAUAGGUAUUCCUGAAGGUGAUCAAGAGCGGAUGAUGUGGUUAAGUUAUUGGGAUAUCGGAAACUCAUUGCAACCUGGUGAUGUUAUAGAGGUUUCAGCCAGUGUGGGAGAAGCUAAAACGCGUUUCAGUAUCAAGGAGGUUGGGAUGAGAAUUAUAUUCCUGGAAGAACAACAAGAAUCAGCUAAUUUUGACAUCGAAGAAUUUCCGAGUCCACGUCAUCAGAAUUUGCUCUUUGUUAGAGUCUUCCCAAAAUGAUGUGAAAGGUAAGUAAA